GCAUUAGAGAGACAGAUCUUUGACUUCCUUGGUUUCCAAUGGGCUCCUAUCCUUGGAAAUUUCCUACAAAUAAUAGUUGUCAUUUUGGGUUUGUUUGGAACCAUCCAGUUUAGGCCUCGAUAUAUAGUCGUGUACACGGUGUGGACUGCCCUGUGGAUCACCUGGAAUGUUUUCAUUAUCUGCUUCUAUUUGGAAGUAGGCGGACUUUCAAAGGAAACCGAUCUCAUGACCUUUAACAUCUCAAUGCACCGUUCUUGGUGGCGGGAACACGGGCCUGGCUGCAUACGAAGGGUGGUGCGUCCUUCUGCCCCUGGCAUCCUGGACGAUUACUCCUACGUCUCCGUGACAGGCUGCAUAAUUGAUUUCCAGUACCUAGAGGUCAUUCACAGUGCUAUCCAAAUACUCCUCUCCCUGAUUGGAUUUGUGUAUGCCUGUUACGUGAUCAGUAUUUUCAUGGAGGAAGAGGACAGCUGUCGAAGUAAGUAAUGAAUAUGGACCGAAGACUUCUGCUGCUGUAGCUGAAGAAACAGAUUUUAGAAGAAAAGACCAACCUUGUGACUCAACACCCUGGAAGAAAACCACUAUCCACUUCUUACAACAUGUGGAUUUUUCUUCCCAAAGGCUCAGUGUCAUUAUCAGCAUUGUUAUUUCGUAGAUCCUUGUAGAUGAUUUUUAAUUUUUGAAUAAUUUACUUAUAUGGACACUUGUAAAUUCUAUUUUUUUUUCUUUUUUAAUUUGAAUAUUUUUACAACAUUUAGUGUUAAGGCAUGAAAACAAAACAACUUGUGCAAACUAGGAGAAGGCUGUGUCUUUCUCAAAAAAAAAGUCAGUAUUUUCAACUGAUAGACUCAUACUGUGCCUGGUCAAGAUUUUGUCAGUAAACAGUAAUUUUGACUC